AUUAGCCGGUUGGAUAUUCGGGAGUCAAAAACUCGUUAAUGUGAAGAGUUUUUUUGAAUUAUUUGAUUUCUUAAAUCUUAAUAUGAACUUCUUUUUGUUUUCAGUAAUUCAUGAAAAAAUGGAUCGAGGAAACCCCUAUGAAUGUAUCAGCUACACGAAAAGACCUUAUGAUAGUCAAUAUGGGUCCCCACCACCCAUCAAUGCAUGGUGUUCUUCGACUCAUCGUUACUCUAGACGGUGAAGAUGUUAUUGACUGCGAACCAAUUUUAGGUUAUUUACACAGAGGGAUGGAAAAAAUUGCGGAAAAUCGAACAAUUAUACAAUAUUUGCCCUAUGUAACACGCUGGGAUUAUUUGGCUACUAUGUUCACAGAAGCAAUAACAGUAAAUGGUCCAGAACUGUUAGGAAAUAUUCAAGUGCCUAAAAGAGCUAGCUAUAUCAGAGUAAUUAUGUUGGAAUUGAGUCGUAUAGCUUCUCAUUUGUUAUGGCUUGGUCCGUUUAUGGCGGAUAUUGGUGCACAGACUCCUUUCUUUUAUAUUUUUAGAGAAAGAGAGUUAGUAUAUGAUUUAUUCGAAGCUGCCACCGGUAUGAGAAUGAUGCAUAAUUAUUUUCGUAUCGGGGGAGUAGCGGCCGAUCUACCUCAUGGAUGGAUAGAUAAAUGUUUGGAUUUUUGCGAUUAUUUUUUAACAGGAAUUGCUGAAUAUCAAAAACUUAUUACGCGAAAUCCUAUUUUUUUAGAACGAGUUGAAGGAGUAGGUAUUGUUGGUGCAGAGGAAGCAAUAAAUUGGGGUUUAUCCGGACCAAUGCUACGAGCUUCCGGAGUACAAUGGGAUCUUCGUCAAGUUGAUCAUUAUGAGUGUUACGACGAAUUUGAUUGGGAAGUCCAGUGGCAAAAAGAAGGAGAUUCAUUAGCUCGUUAUUUAGUCCGAAUCGGUGAAAUGAUGGAAUCUAUAAAAAUUAUUCAACAGGCUCUGGAAGGAAUCCCGGGGGGGCCCUAUGAGAAUUUAGAAACCCGACGUUUUGAAAGGGAUCCAGAAUGGAACGAUUUCGAAUAUCGAUUCAUUAGUAAAAAAACUUCUCCUACUUUUGAAUUACCGAAACAAGAACUUUAUGUGAGAGUCGAAGCCCCAAAAGGAGAAUUGGGGAUUUUUCUGAUAGGGGAUCAGAGUGGUUUUCCUUGGAGAUGGAAAAUUCGCCCGCCGGGUUUUAUCAAUUUGCAAAUUCUUCCCGAAUUAGUUAAAAGAAUGAAAUUGGCCGAUAUUAUGACAAUACUAGGUAUACACGCUAUCAAUUCUUUUUCUAGAUUAGAAUCCUUAAACGAGGUCUAUGGAAUUAUAUGGGUGUUUGUCCCUAUUUUGAUUCUUGUAUUGGGAAUCACGACAGGCAUACUGGUAAUUGUAUGGUUAGAAAGAGAAAUAUCUGCAGGGAUACAACAACGUAUUGGACCUGAAUAUGCCGGUCCUUUAGGAAUUCUUCAAGCUCUAGCGGAUGGCACAAAACUACUUUUUAAAGAGAAUCUUUUUCCCUCUAGGGGGGAUACUCGUUUAUUCAGUAUCGGACCAUCCAUAGCAGUCAUAUCAACUCUAUUAAGCUAUUCAGUAAUUCCUUUUGGCUAUCACCUUGUUUUAACUGAUCUAAAUAUUGGUGUUUUUUUAUGGAUUGCCAUUUCAAGUAUUGCUCCCAUUGGACUUCUUAUGUCAGGAUAUGGAUCAAAUAAUAAAUAUUCUUUUUUGGGUGGUCUACGAGCUGCUGCUCAAUCGAUUAGUUAUGAAAUACCAUUAACUCUUUGUGUGUUAUCCAUAUCUCUACUAUCUAACAGUUCAAGUACAGUUGAUAUAGUUGAGGCACAAUCAAAAUCGGGUUUUUUGGGGUGGAAUUUGUGGCGUCAACCUAUAGGAUUUAUCAUUUUUUUUAUUUCUUCUCUAGCAGAAUGUGAGAGAUUACCUUUUGAUUUACCAGAAGCAGAAGAAGAAUUAGUAGCAGGUUAUCAAACCGAAUAUUCAGGUAUCAAAUUUGGUUUAUUUUAUAUUGCUUCCUAUCUAAACUUAUUAGUUUCUUCAUUAUUUGUAACAGUUCUUUACUUGGGCGGUUGGAAUAUCUCUAUUCCAUAUAUAUUCGUUCCUGAGCCUUUUGAAACAAAUAAAAUAGGUGGAGUUUUUGGAACAACAAUCGGUAUCUGUAUUACAUUGGUUAAAACUUAUUUGUUCUUGUUCAUUCCUAUCACAACAAGAUGGACUUUACCUAGACUAAGAAUGGACCAACUUUUAAAUCUUGGAUGGAAAUUUCUUUUACCUAUUUCUCUCGAGAAAAAAACAAAUAGAAAAUCAUUCAUAAAUAUUCACGAUAUGUUUCCCAUGGUAACUGGGUUCAUGAAUUAUGGGCAACAAACCAUACGAGUUGCACGGUAUAUUGGUCAAAGUUUCAUGAUUACCUUAUCCCAUGCAAAUCGUUUACCUGUAACUAUUCAAUAUCCUUAUGAAAAAUUAAUCACAUCGGAGCGUUUCCGCGGUCGAAUCCAUUUUGAAUUUGAUAAAUGCAUUGCUUGUGAAGUAUGUGUUCGGGUAUGUCCUAUAGAUCUACCUGUUGUUGAUUGGAAAUUGGAAACUGACAUUCGAAAGAAACGGUUGCUUAAUUACAGUAUUGAUUUCGGAAUCUGUAUAUUUUGUGGCAACUGUGUUGAGUAUUGUCCAACAAAUUGUUUAUCAAUGACUGAAGAAUAUGAACUUUCCACUUAUGAUCGUCACGAAUUGAAUUAUAAUCAAAUUGCUUUAGGUCGUUUACCAAUGUCAGUAGUCGACGAUUAUACAAUUCGAACAAUUUUGAAUUCAACUAGAAACAAAAAGAUAACCCGCUUUGAUUGAUUAAAAGUACAAUUAUUAAACUAAAAUUCUGUUUUGAUCUAAAGGGCUGCAAUAGGUUUUUUUUUUAUUUUUCUUGGUCAAUAAAUACAAAAAUUACAAAUUCCAACUAUUGACUUGAUUGGUCAGAAUUGCAUCGCGGCUUUAUUUUUUUGUGAAAAUCUAUUAAUAUAUGCGUAAUUCUAGCCAUAAUUAUUUCUAAAAUUUAAUUUAGAAUGCCUUUUUCGAGAAAGAAUGAGAUUCAUACAAUAGCUGUACCUAUAGUAAUUUUCACCCCUUAGGGUUUAGAACCUAUUAUAAAUAAGUUUUUCCUGGUCAGGUCAAUAAGGUCAUGAAAAAACAAUUCAAUUUUUUUAUCUCUUAUUUUACGUGCAAUGGAUUUGCCUGGACUAAUACAUGAUUUUCUUUUAUUUUUUAUGGGAUUAGGUCUUAUAUUAGGAGGUCUAGGAGUGGUAUUACUUACCAACCCAAUUUAUUCUGCCUUUUCAUUGGGAUUGGUUCUUGUUUGUAUAUCUUUAUUCUAUAUUUUAUCAAACUCUCAUUUUGUAGCUGCUGCGCAGCUCCUUAUUUAUGUGGGAGCCAUAAACGUUUUAAUUAUAUUUGCCGUGAUGUUCAUGAAUGGUUCAGAAUAUUACAAAGAUUUUAAUCUUUGGACUGUUGGAACCGGAGUUACUUCCUUAAUUUGUACAAGUAUUUUUGUUUCACUAAUUACUAUUAUUCCAGAUACGUCAUGGUACGGGAUUAUUUGGACUACAAAAACAAAUCAGAUUAUAGAACAAGAUUUAAUAAGUAAUGGUCAACAAAUUGGAAUUCAUUUAUCAACAGAUUUUUUUCUUCCGUUCGAAUUCAUUUCAAUAAUUCUUUUAGUUGCUUUGAUAGGUGCGAUUGCUGCGGCUCGUCAGCAAUAAAUCUUUAGAAUUAGUAACCCCAAUCUAUUUGUUCUAUGUUAUCACAUUUAUUUUCUUUCAAUUCCAUUUAAAGAUUAUUUAUGUAUAAAUUCUUUUAUUUGAUCUAUUAUUCUAUUAUCCAUAUUUGAUCUAUUAUCCAUAUAUUUCUUUGUUCUGUACUUUGGAUAUUCUUAUUCUAGUCAAUCCAAUCUGUUGAUGUUGAAUUGUUGUUCAUAUUGAAAUAAAUCGAAAUUGAUAAGGAGUUGGUCAAUGAUGCUCGAACAUGUACUCGUUUUGAGUGCCUAUUUAUUUUCUAUCGGUAUCUAUGGAUUGAUCACGAGUAGAAAUAUGGUUAGAGCCCUUAUGUGCCUUGAACUUAUACUGAAUGCAGUUAAUAUAAAUUUCGUAACAUUUUCUGAUUUUUUUGAUAGUCGCCAAUUAAAGGGAAAUAUUUUUUCAAUUUUUGUUAUAGCUAUUGCAGCCGCUGAAGCAGCUAUUGGACCAGCUAUCGUUUCGUCAAUUUAUCGUAACAGAAAAUCAAUCCGUAUCAAUCAAUCGAAUUUGUUGAAUAAGUAGGAUUAAUCAUAUAGAAUAUAAUUUUCAUAUUCAUUAAUUCAAGUUGGCAUGUAUGAUACGUAACUUAUCCGAUCAUGUUUGCGAAAACGUACGAAAUUAAAGUAUCCUGGCCCUAUCUCACGAGUCGAUCCAGAAUUCAAUAGAAAAAUUCUGAUAAAUCAUUGAUUCGUCUGGUGUCUAAAUAUAUGAUGAUUCAUUUAGAAAUUAACUAGAUUGAAAUUUUAUGACGUUAAAAAAUUUAGAAAUCCAAUGUCGCAUUCAGUAAAGAUUUAUGAUACAUGUAUAGGGUGUACUCAAUGUGUCCGAGCCUGCCCCACAGAUGUAUUAGAAAUGAUACCUUGGGAUGGGUGUAAAUCUAAGCAAAUCGCUUCUGCUCCAAGAACAGAAGACUGUGUUGGUUGUAAGAGAUGUGAAUCCGCCUGUCCAACUGAUUUCUUGAGUGUUCGAGUUUAUUUAUGGCAUGAAACAACCCGAAGCAUGGGUCUAGCUUAUUGAUACUUUUCAGAAAAAUCCACUUGAAUGCAUUUGAUUUUAUGUUUACCGACAAAAACCCGUACUCGAAAAACAAAAAAUACAAAAAAUAUAUAUAUAUUAUGUUUUCGAGUACGGGUUUUUCUAGUCCAAAUGUAUCUUGCCUUUACCACGAAUUCUUUUCCUUGGUUAACAAUAUUUGUAGUUUUACCGAUAUCUGCGGGUUCCUUAAUUUUCUUUUUCCCCCAUAGAGGAAAUAAGGUAAUUAGGUGGUAUACUUUGUUUAUAUGUAUUUUAGAACUCCUUUUAAUGACUUAUGCGUUCUCUUAUUAUUUCCAAUUGGACGACCCAUUAAUCCAAUUAACAGAAGAUUAUAAAUGGAUCCAAUUUUUUGAUUUUUACUGGAGAUUGGGAAUAGAUGGAUUUUCUUUAAGCCCUAUUUUACUGACAGGAUUUAUCACCACUUUAGCUACUUUAGCGGCUUGGCCAAUUACUCGUGAUUCCCGCUUAUUUAAUUUUCUGAUGUUAGCAAUGUAUAGUGGUCAAAUAGGAUUAUUUUCUUCUCAAGAUCUUUUGCUUUUUUUUUAUCAUGUGGGAGUUAGAAUUAAUUCCCAUUUAUCUACUUCUAUCCAUGUGGGGGGGAAAGAAACGUCUGUAUUCAGCUACAAAGUUUAUUUUGUAUACUGCCGGGGGUUCCGUUUUUUUAUUAAUGGGAGCUUUGGGUAUCGCUUUAUAUGGUUCCAAUGAACCAAGAUUCAAUUUUGAAACAUCAGCCAAUCAAUCAUAUCCUGUGGCGCUAGAAAUAUUUUUUUAUAUUGGAUUUCUUAUUGCUUUUGCUGUCAAAUUACCGAUUAUACCCUUACAUAUAUGGUUACCAGACACCCAUGGGGAAGCACAUUACAGUACUUGUAUGCUUCUAGCCGGAAUCUUAUUAAAAAUGGGGGCGUAUGGGUUGGUUCGAAUCAAUAUGGAAUUAUUACCUCAUGCUCAUUCUAUCUUUUCUCCCUGGUUGAUAAUAGUAGGCGUCAUGCAAAUAAUCUAUGCAGCUUCAACAUCUCCUGGUCAACGAAAUUUAAAAAAAAGAAUAGCCUAUUCUUCUGUAUCUCAUAUGGGUUUCAUAAUUAUAGGAAUUUGCUCUAUAAGUGAUAUGGGACUCAAUGGAGCCAUUUUACAAAUAAUAUCACAUGGGUUUAUUGGCGCUGCACUUUUUUUCUUAGCAGGAACGGGUUAUGAUAGAAUACGUCGUGUGUAUCUUGAUGAAAUGGGCGGAAUGGCUACACUAAUGCCAAAAAUAUUCACGACAUUCAGUAUCUUAUCACUAGCUUCCCUUGCAUUACCAGGCAUGAGCGGUUUUUUUGCGGAAUUGGCAGUAUUUUUUGGAAUAAUUACCGGCCAAAAAUAUCUUUUAAUGUCAAAAAUAGUAAUUACUUUUGGAAUGGCAGUUGGAAUGAUAUUAACUCCUAUUUAUUUAUUAUCUAUGUUACGCCAGAUGUUUUAUGGAUACAAGCUGUUUAAUGCUCCAAACUCUUAUUUUUUUGAUUCUGGACCGAGGGAGUUAUUUGUUUCGAUCUCUAUCCUUCUGCCUGUAAUAGGUAUUGGUAUUUAUCCGGAUUUCCUUUUUUCAUUAUCAGUUGACAGGGUCGAAGCUCUUCUAUCUAAUUAUUUUUAUAGAUAGUUUUUCUAAAUAAAACUCAAAAUGAAAAAGAAAUCCUAUGAUUUUUCAUUUUUUAAAAUCGUUAUGUUAUACAAGGAAAAAACUUAUUUUUUCGUCUCUUAAAUUUAAGUUUAAGUAAAAAAAAAACGGAAUUGUAACUAAAUAUUUUGGCAUUUGUGAGAACUUUUUGAAUCAAGUAAUAUAAUGACUUUUUGAAUCAAGUAAUAUAAUGAUUCAAAAGGUUCUCAACGGUUUACCCGAAGCUUUUUGUAUAUAUGCUUUGCUGCCCCAUAUAGUUGCAUCCGUCAGACCCUUUCCUUUCUUCAAUUCAAUUAGAUGUUAAUUGUUAAUGUAAAUGAACCAUAACUAUGUAGUCCUAUUCCUAAUAAAUUAACUCCAAAAUAGCAUAUCCAAAUUAUAAGAAAACCAAUAGAAGCGACAAUUGCGGAAUUUAAACCCUCAAAAUUUUUAUUUGUUCGAGUAUGAAAAUAAAUUGCGAAUAUGGUCCACGUAAUAAAUGCCCAAGUUUCCUUGGGGUCCCAAUUCCAAUAUGAUCCCCAUGCUUCAUUAGCCCAGACUGCUCCCGAAAGAAUACCUAUGGUUAAAAAGAUAAACCCUAUACUUAUAAUACGAUAACCCCAGUCAUCUAAUUGUUGAAUCAAUUGAAACCUGUAAUAAUUCCUAGAAGAAAGAAAAGAAAUAUUUUUUAAAACAUUCUUUCUUUCCAUCAUAUAUUGUAUCCCACUAAAGCUAAAGGAAAAUGAAUCAUUUAAUAAAUUAUUGCUUUUAUCAACAUCAACAAUUCUUAUGAUUUUUCGAAAUGUGAUUACUAGAAAUGCUACUGAUAAUAAUGAUCCACACAAAAGAGCUGCAUAGCCCAAUAUCAUCAUACUUACGUGCAUCAUUAACCACUGGGAUUGGAGAGCAGGCACUAAGAUUUUGGAUUGAUGCGUGUUAGUUAAAAGGCCUGAAGUAGCAAACCCUUGGGUAAAAAAAGUACUUGGGGCGGUUAUUGCGCUUAAAUAAUUUUUAUGUUUUUUAAAAUACGGAACCAUAUGAAUAAUGGAAAAAGCCCAUGAAAGAAAGAUUAAUGAUUCAUAUAAAUCGCUUAAUGGUAAAUGUCCCCCAGAAAUCCAACGAGUAACUAAUAAUCCUGUUAUACAGAAAAAAGUGGUUAUCAUGCCCUUUUCUGACGAAUCAUAUAGUUCAACGAAUUCAUCGACUACUAAAGUUAUCAAAUGAAUUGUAAUUACAAGUGACACGACUGAAAAAGAUAUAUGAGUUAAUAUAUGUUCUAAAGUUGAAAAUAUCAUAAAAUUUUUAAAAAAUUUUAAAUUAAUAAAUUAAUAAUAAUAAAUAAAAUAAAAAGGCUCUUUAAUUAGAAAAGUAAGCCGCUAUGGUGAAAUCAGGAAUUGAAUUCAUUAUAGGAUUUAUUGUAUCCUUUUGAUAAUUACAGGAUGUUAUGCCGCCACUCGGACUCGAACCGAGAUGCUCUAGCACUGCUUCCUAAGAGCAGCGUGUCUACCGAUUUCACCAUAGCGGCUUACUCGAAAUCAUAAUAAUCCAUUUUUAUUUAAUCGUCGAGCUUGAGGGAGUCAAUUCAAUGCAAUAUUUUUUUUUGAAACAUUCAAAUUAAUGAAGCCAAAUUCAGUUAAUAAUAAAAAAAAAACUCUUAUCUAAUUUCAAAUAUCUAAUUUCAAAUUUAAUACAUGCCUUGAUUCAUUCUAAUUUCAAGCGCAAGCAUCAAGCAUAAAGUAGAUCAUUCAAAAUUGACACAUUUUUUUCUAAAGAGAAAAUCUAAAGAUAAAAGGUGCUUUUUUUAUUAAUUAGAUUGAAAGCAACAAAGAAUCUAUUAUAUAUAGCGAUUUAGAAUAAUAUAAAUAUAAUAAUUGUUAAGUAAGUUAAAAAUUUUAAACUUAAUCAAUUAUUUUAACGGUCAAUUUUUUUGACUAAAGGUCUUAGAUUUCUUCUUUUAUAUGCAAAUAGUAUAAAAAAGAAUGCAAAUAGUAUAAAAAAGAAAAAACUUAUGAAUGUUUAGUAUUGUGAUUGUGACAAAUGGGUCGAUGGGGAAAAUAAAAUUUAAAUAAUAAUCCCCAUCCCGAAAAUGAUAAAAUAUCCUAACAAUAAAAAGAAAGGUGAAACUUUGUGUCUUCUCUUUUUUUUUCUUUUUUUGCAAAAAGUACCAGUUUUAGAAUUCAGUAUAAAAAAGAAUUCUUUAGUCUACAUAUGAAAAAAGCAAAAGGAGUGUAAUUUAAUAUUUAUUAGUUCAAAACAAAACAUUAAAAAAGAAUGGAAAUCCUUUUUAUAUAUUUUCUAUAUAUUUUAUAUAUUUUCUAUUCUAUAUUAUAUAUAUUUCUAUUUUAUAUUAGAAAUUUAUAUUCUAAAUUAUUAGAAAUUAUAAACAAUAAACGAAAUUAGACCCUUUCUCGUGUCAAGUCAAAUCAGAUUAUUCCAACCUUUUAUUUUUUAUUUGUUGCACAAAAAAACUUUUUGAAUUACCUGUAGAAAGAGAUUUCGCUAAUGAAAAAGCUUUCAAUACUGCCCAAUA